AUGGAUCCUGUCCGCAACCAGCAAAGGACUGGUGCAACGGGCGUCGCAUCUUCCAGCAGAGCAUAUCCGGUUGCUUCGUGGAGUUCUUUUUCGUCCACUGCUUCACCGGUGGGAAGCUUGUCGCAGACGCCUGUGCAAGUGGAGCACCGGCCAGGAGGCUCAGUCGUUGGAUGGCCGGCGACUACCCAGGCAGCAAGGCUCGCAUUCACGCCGCCGCAACCCAGAAGCUUUCCAUGGCCUUGCGUGAUGUCUCCCGUCGCACUCGCAAAUGGAAGGCUCUUGGUGCAUACGCCGCCUUCCUCAAGCACUGGUGAUGCAGACUCUCCGAAUCCUGGCUGCUUAACCCCGAGUCGACAGGUGGUCUGCACUGUGGCUCGUCAGACCACCCCUGCACCGCCAAGCACCAUGAGUUUCACAGCUGCUCGAGGUCUCAUUGCAACGCAGGCCGUACCUGGCAUCACUAUGUCGGUCAGCAAUCUAAGCAGCCAAGGCACAGGAUCCUCGAAGAACAGGAUAGACGAGGUGCCUGCAGUUUCAUCAAAUUGGCACAGGUCUCCUGGGAGCCCAGCUACACCUAGCGCGCACAGCCCAGUCGCUCAGGCUGGAAUGGCCUCUGAAAGCACAGGCGGCCAGCUGUGGGAAACAUCCAAAAAGGUUUCGGAGAGCCAGGAAAAGUCGACAAAGCGUGCUCCGAGGCCAUCCCCCCUCAGUUCGCACAACCAGCAAAACUGUGACUUGGCUGAACUGGAUUUCGACAACGGGGAGGCCAAGAGCUUGCGACCUCACUUGUACUACAACUACCCAACCCGCGGUAUUUACAGCGGCUGA